AUGGGGCAGGAGAUUGGAUCCGGGUCUGCUUGUUCCAGGCGCUUCUCGGCAGGAAGCCGAGGCGAUGAGUAUUUAAGUGCAGACACGCACAAGUCGCCAGCCAAGGACCUGCACCGCUAUGACUGGUGGGCAGAUCAAUGGACCGAGUUGCCUGCGCUGGGGGGACCAUGGCCAAGAGCGGGACAUGCAGCGGUGUGGGACACCAACUCCAUGUCCAUGAUGGUGUUUGCGGGCGUUCAGAACCUGACUGGGGAGUUCAGCUACAGCAGCAGCUUGCAUAGCUACAGCCCGCUUCAUGGCACCUGGACAGAGCUACCAGCGCCUGGGCCGUCUGGCCGCGUUGACUCCUCAGCCGUUUUUGAUGCCAACUCUGGCGGACUGCUAGUCUUUGGUGGCUACAACGCAUCUUACGUACGUGAUGUUUGGAGAUACAUCCGCUCACCAGCAGAGCCGCCUCUUGUUGCGAAAUGCCAGCUGGGGCAAGAGUGCAUGUUGCAGCUGGACCUGAACAGCUCUGUGUCUCGUUUGUCUGUCCAGCAGACAUGUUCACGGACAAGCAUUGAAGAGGCUAGCGUGGCAAGCACUGCACUGGCGCAAUCCGCACUUCUGGAGAGCCUGGAUGGCCAGCAGUUUUUCUUUCCAUCCUCCUCGUCCUCGUACCUUGCAAUUCCAGCAGGUGAGUACAGGCUGUGCGCUUGUUCCUUGCAUGAGCUGUGCAACCAAUCCGCAGAUUUUGACUCCACCCUUGGCUACUUCAUUGCCGAAGGGCCUUAUCCCAAUGAAGAUGGGCAUUGUGUUCUAGGGGGCUACUGCACCGUCGCUGCCGCUGGAAAUGGCCUCUCAAGGACGGACCGGGUGAUAGCUCGCAAGCGCUGUGGCGACCCAGAACCGUCAAACACGUUUGGCCAGCGGGCGAUCUCCGUCAACUUCAACCAGUCCACGGGCUCUUUCAUGUUGGACUUGGGGCACGUGGAGCUGGAAGGCUCGACUGAGACGAUCGAGCUCUGCUGGUGCCCUGCCGGCAAAUGCCUGAUGGAUGCAGAGUUCCGUGCCACCAUCAUGAACUUACACAUCGUGUGCCCACCUGGACGCUACCAGCUUGAUUCAGCCUGCCAGCUAUGCACGGAAGCACACUACUGUCCUGGGGGGCAGGAGGCCACGCAGCUGGCCUGCCCUGCUGCCAGCACAGCCUCAAUAGGUCAGCUGUCAGAUUGCAAGUGCUUCACGGGCAGGUUCUGGAGUCCCGAAGCUCUGGCUUGCCAGGCAUGCCCGGCCGGCUCCACCACCUCAGAGGAGGGAGCGACGGCGCUGGACUCCUGCUUCUGCAUGGGCGGCUUUUGGAAUACGCAGCCCGGCAGCCCUUCCAUCUGCGAGGCUUGCGGUGCCGGCUUCUUCUGCACGGGUGGCCUUCACAGGGAGCCGUGUGCUGCAUUUCAGACCACGGCAACAGAGACAGCCAGCAGCCGCGCCCAGUGCCUUUGCGCUCCCGGUGCCUUCCUGCUGGGUGGUGCUUGUGAAGUUUGCCCUGCUGGGCGCUUCAAGAGCGGCACCGGAAACUUGCCGUGCGAGGAGUGCAUGGUCGGCACGUGGAGCAACGACACCGGGGCAGUCGAGAAUGUUUGCGCCCCCUGCAUGGUUGGGUCGACCACGGAGGCGGCAGGAGCCCGAGACCUCGACAGCUGCGUACGUCCAGAUGUGGGCCAUCGGCGCACAUGCGUCUCGGGCAGGGUGUGCGAGGUCGAUGGGCUUUCGGGCUAUGGGCUGCGGGCUGGGCAUCGGAUGGUGCUGAGCCGUUCGCCGUGCGAUGGGUCAAAAACUGCCUUGCCCGGUGUCUCUCAGAAUGCCUUCUCGCAUCCCAGUGCAGAUGGUCAGCGAUACGUUUGGGGUGACGUGCUGCAGGACUUCACCCCAGAAGGUGGCACGGUGAACUUGUGCUGGUGUGCAGGCAUGGCUGAGCUUAGCUGCUCAGAUAUCAACCUCAACUUCUGGCUGACGGCCGGGGAGUUGUCGGUAGUGGGGCCCAUUCAAGACAACUACUUCGAGUGCGUUCGUGGUGAUGACUGUGAUUCCCUGAGAUCCUUUCUAGGCCACGGCCUCCUGGCCUCAGAUGGCGUCGCGGCUCGCCGCGUGCAGUGCGGAGGAAAGCAGAGUGUGGCCCUGUCUCGAUUGCUUGCCGAUGGCAUCGGCCAGCUCCAAGAUUCUGGAGGCGACCUGGCUCUCAGCUUUGGUAAGUCCACUUCGACUGAGGACUUCUGGUUGACCGCAGAUGCCAGUGAGGGCUACUUGCUAUGCUGGUGUGGCAAGACAGGUGGCCAGGCGUGCGUGCAUCCUGAGGAGUAUGCGGUGCCGGCAGGGCAGCUGCGUAUAGUCGGUCCCAGGACAAACCAGGAAGACAGCUGCUCCAUCGGGCAGCGCUGCUCAAUGCAUGCUGAGGGCGUUGGGGUGCAGCCGGGGGAUCGUAUCAUGAUUCUGAGCGAUUGUGGCCAUGGCUUGUCUGUUGCGGGCUUUCCUGGUGGUGGCAUUGCGGAAACAAAUGACACGGAACGCUAUGACUUCUUACUCUCUCCGCUGGAGGACGGCGUGUUACUCGCUGCACCUGGCAUCUACCGGAUGUGCUACUGCCGCGGCGAUUGCACCUCUGGAAUCGACUUCAAGGCCGUGGUGGGGUUGAUGACGGUGCAGGGGCCCUUUGCCAGGAGCCACCUCUGCACAAUCGGCCGCAGCUGUGCUGUGGCCCUGCCCGGCAUUGGCCUGGCCUUGCUGGACCUCCUACUGGUCAGUGCAGGUGACUCAGGUUGUGGGUCAGGCUCGGCGUUCCAUCUCGAGGCCGUGCCCCUGCAGCGACGGGAAGGCUCGGGCUCGGAUCUCGAAGCCAGCCUUGGGACCUUGCCCAGCGAUGCACGCCCGGGCAUCUACCAGCUUUGUUGGUGUGCACGAGGCUCCCACUGUGAGCAGUCUGGACGCUUUGGCGCCCCUUCCGGGCUCCUGGUGGCCGCAUGCCCGCCCGGAAGCUUCACCAAUGAGCACUUGGCUACUUGCAGCCGAUGCACACGAGGAUACUUCUGUCCAGGUGGAGUGGCAGAGUCCGCAAAGCGCUUUCCCUGCUCCUCGGGCGAGACGACCCUGGCAGUGGGAGCCGUGUCGGCCGGCGAGUGUGUCUGCGACCGCGGCUUUGGAGAUGCGCAAUCCCAGGCGUGUGAGGCCUGCAGCGUGGGCUUCUACAAGGCAGACGCCGGUCCAGGGAGCUGCUUCCCAUGCCAGGAGAACUUCACGACCCACAGCGCCGGUGCUAGGUCCAACAGCUCCUGCAUUCCGGAGACUUCCUUGCAAGUCCAAGGACUGGACGGGGGUUUCUCGAACACCACCAAGGUCCCUACGCUGACCCUGAACGUGUCCGUCCUGAACGUGCCGGAUGCAGGUGCACCAGGCGAGGAUGAAGUUCAGGAGUUUCUCCGGCAGGUGCUUCUGAUCGCGCUGUCAAAUGCAGCCCGGCUUCCUGCUGGUGCUGUGCAAGUCCGGUUCGCACAUGUGCGCCUGAACACAGGCUCAGGGCGGCGUUUGUCUUCGGCCGUGUUUGCGGUGGACCUGAGGUACCGCACUGUGGCAGAGGCCGAGCUGGCCAGCAGUGACCUGGACUUGGCCGCCUUGAUGUCGGACGUGCAGACAUCCCUCCAAGAAGAUCCACGGGGCGAUGGCUUGGUGCUUCAGGUGUCAGAGCUGCAGGUGACGUCUGUGGACUUGGAAUGCCCGUCGGGCCACUCUGUGCCGCCCGGCAUUGUUCCGCUCGGCCCCGCGGAGUGCGAGUGCAGUCCCGGCUAUGGCUUUGCAGGGGGCGAGUGUCAGCCAUGCCUCCAGGGCGAGUACAAGCCGACAGUGGGCAACGCUUUGUGCACAAGCUGCCCACCCGACAAGACCACGUCGGGAAAGGCAGCCACCUCGGAGCUUGAGUGUGGCUGCCAGCGCGGCCUUGCUGCGGAUGGACGCGCUUGUGUAGACUGCCAGCCCGGCUUCUUCUGUCCCGGCGGUGGCGAAGCUGUCAGGUGCCCGGAGGGGGCGACUUCGGGUGCAGGAGCCAGUGGACCAUCGGACUGCAUUUGUCAAAGUGGUCGCUACAGCUCGGGAUCCGCUUGUGAGCCUUGCCAGCCCGGGCGCUACAAGCCUGCAGAGGGCAACUCCCAAUCAUGCCCUUUCCAGUGCCCCACAAGUGCCCAGAGCAAGAACGGGUCUGCCAGUUUUGCUGAUUGCUUCUGCGAGCCGGAAUUCCAUGCUGUCCUUGAUUUGGCCGGGUCUCUCGCACGAUGUGCGAGCUGUGCAACCUUCACAAACCUGCGCUGCCCCGGUGGCUUCCACGAGCAAACCUCCAUGCAUCGACUGCCAGUUGCCAGGCCGGGAUUCUUCCAAACGGCCGAGCUCACAGCUUUCAAAUGUAGCGUCGUCCUGGAUGGGGGCCUGAGUGCCUGCCUGGGUAGCGACCUGUGCCAAGGGGGCUCAGGAGAGUGCGUUGGCAAGUAUGGAAACCGUUGCGACGAGAGCGCGACGGGCUGGCUCUGUGGUGAGUGCCUGCCAGGUUGGGCCAGGACCUCUUUCCGAGCUCCCUGCCAGGAAUGCGCGCAGCAUGUUGCGACGCUUUCCCUCAUCACCUCGGUCUUUGCAGAUGUGGGAAGCAAGGCAGGAAGGUUUGAAGGUGUGUUUGUACAGGAGUGA